UUUGAAAGGAAGUAAUAGAUACUGCAAUUGGGAGAGAAACAAGGAAAGGUGCUAGUGUCUAGUCGGUACAGAUUAAUCCUUGACAAUAGGAAUAGUAGAAGCAGACAGAUCCAGGUGUGAACUCGUGCUGAAGUGGAUUCGCAGGUGCCUCUGAGGUGGACUGAUGUAAACUGACCUUAUCCUCCUGGGCCAGUGAGCGAUCUUUGGGGACUGAGACAACAACAGAGAGAAGGAGGAGAAAUGGCUGAAGCACCAAAGAUUGAACUUUUUGUCAAGGCAAGUGAUGAUGGUGAGAGUGUUGGUAACUGCCCAUUUUGUCAGCGGCUCUUCAUGAUUCUCUGGCUGAAAGGGGCAAAUUUCACUCUUACCACAGUGGACAUGAAGAGAGCUCCAGAGGUACUAAAGGACCUGGCUCCAGGCUCUCAGCCCCCCUUCCUCAUCCAUAACGGAGAGGUUCGCACUGACACCAACAAGAUAGAAGAGUUUCUGGAAGAGAUCCUUGCUCCCCCACAGUUUCCCAAGUUAUGUUGCCGCUCUAAGGAGUCUAACACAGCUGGAGAUGACAUCUUUCACAAAUUCUCAGCAUACAUCAAAAAUCCCAAUCCUGGCCUUAAUGACAUGUUGGAGAAGAAAUUUCUAAAGAGCUUGAUGAAGCUGGAUCAAUACCUGUUGACUCCUCUUACUCAUGAACUGGACCAGAAUCCAGAUGCAGCCCAAUCCACAAGACUCUACCUGGACGGAAACUCAUUCACUCUUGCAGACUGCAACUUGCUACCAAAACUGCACAUUGUCAAGGUGGUGUGUAAGAAGUAUCGUGGUUUUGAGAUCCCUGUAGAGCUAAAAGGCUUGACGAAAUACUUGGAAAAAGCAUACAAGGAGGACGUUUUCAAAUUCACCUGUCCAAAAGACAAGGAGAUCCUGCUUGCCUACCAUUCAGUGGCCAAAUAUCUCAAUAAGUAGAACUGGACUUUAAAGGAGAGGAGGGUAUGGGGCAAAGCUUGCUUGGAAUUUAUUGUAAAGCUAAAUGUUUUUUUUUUAAAGAUGCCUAAUGUAUACAUAUAUCAAUAAACUGCUUUUGCUACAUGUAUUCACAUUGGGACAUUUGAUCAUCUGGUAUAUCGGUGCAGGUUGGGUUGUUUUUGUUUUAAUUUAGAAAGCACAUUUGUGAAUAUAAGAUGCAUGUCUUGCUUGUUCAUUCAAGUUUUAGUAUUUAAAUGUGAGUCACUUUUGUCCCUGAUUUUGAUAGGUCACCUUUGUUUGAUAGGCUACAGACUCAGUGGGAAUCGUCAGUGAAUAUUGUUCUUGUGAACCGUGUGAAAUGAGACAUUUAAUUGGUCUGCAAUUCUAACCCAUGAGAAAAACAAAGGACUAGACAAAUACAAUGAAAUGUGUAUAUUAUUGAUGUCAAAAGACAUUUAUGUUUUGUGUUUUUUAAUAACUACUCUUGAGACUUUCAUAUGUUUAAAACAGUUUGCGAACAAAUAAAAUUCUUUAUUAGAUUGAGUUUGGUAA